GCUCGAGGGAUCGGCUGAUGGGGGAAGGGCUCUACACAUCCACUCAUGGCGGAGAACAGAGCUCACUCUCGGCUCGAUCUCACCGCCGAACCCGCGUCUGAUCCGGAGCCCAGGACGACAUGAGCGCUGCUGAGAUUGCGGACACACUGGACGUUGAGUUUCUGCUUUUACUGAGUCCCGGGGAGACAGCUGCAUCCAAACACGGUGUCCUCAUCAGGCCUGGGAGGCUGUGAAUUAUUCGGAAAGGAACUGAAGAACAAACAGGGGAAAUGGCUGCGACUGCGGGCUUCUCCUCCAACGGCCCUGGGCCGCUGAGCGACACCGAGGUGAACAAUCUGUACCGGGAUCUGGAGCUGGGCACUGUCCUGACCCUAUUUUACUCCAAGAAGUCCCAGAGGCCGGAGAGACGGACGUUUCAAGUCAAGCUGGAGACCCGGCAGAUCAUCUGGACCAGAGGAACGGAUAAAAUCGAGGGCGAGAUUGAUAUUCGGGAGAUUAAGGAGAUCCGCAUGGGCCAGAAGUCACGAGACUUUGAGCGAUAUGUGGAGGACUCGACGGCCCGGCCGGACCAGGCCCACUGCUUCGUCAUCCUCUAUGGGACAGAGUUUCGGCUCAAAGCGCUCAGUCUGGCAGCGACCUCAGACGAGGAGAUGGCCAUGUGGGUGAAGGGUUUGACCUGGCUGGUGUCCGAUACGCUACGCUCCCCCACACCCCUGCAGAUAGAGAGGUGGCUGAGAAAACAGUUUUACGCAGUGGAUCGCAGCAGGGAAGACCGUAUUUCCUGUAAGGAUCUGAAGAGCAUGCUGUGCCAGGUCAACUACAGAGUUCCCAACAUGAGGUUCUUACGAGAGAAGCUCCCGGAUGGAGAGCUGAGGAAUGGAGAUGUAUCGUAUAGUCAUUUUGCGCAGUUGUACCGCAGCCUGAUGUUUGACGCACAGAAAUCUAUGGAGAUUCCACUACUGCAGAGACUUAUAGAGAGACCUGAGCAGGCGAUCUCACUGGAGGACUUCCAGAACUUCCUAACUGAACAUCAGAAGGAGCUCUGGGCUACAGACAAUAACAAGGUGCAGGAGUUUAUGUUCCACUACCUGAAGGAUCCUCUGCGAGAGAUCGAGCAGCCAUACUUUCAUCAAGACGAGUUCCUCACAUACCUGUUCUCUAAAGAGAACACUAUCUGGGACGGGAAGCUUGAUCAGGUGAGGCCAGAGGACAUGAACAACCCCCUGUCCCACUACUGGAUCUCCUCAUCCCACAACACCUAUCUGACGGGAGACCAGUUUUCCAGUGAGUCGUCUCUGGAGGCGUACGCCCGCUGUCUGCGGAUGGGCUGCAGAUGCAUCGAGUUGGACUGCUGGGACGGUCCUGAUGGGAUGCCUGUGAUCUACCACGGUCACACCCUCACCACCAAAAUCAAGUUCAACGAUGUGCUUCACACCAUCAAAGAACAUGCCUUCGUUACGUCUGACUAUCCCAUCAUCCUCUCCAUCGAGGACCACUGCAGUAUUGUCCAGCAGAGAAACAUGGCCACUUACUUUAAGAAAGUGUUUGGGGAGAUGCUCCUGACCAAAGCGGUGGACAUCUCGGCCGACGGUCUGCCCUCGCCCAAUCAGCUCAAGAGGAAGAUCCUGAUCAAGCACAAGAAAUUAGCCGAGGGAAGUGCGUACGAGGAGGUCUCGUCUUCAACGCCCUACUCCGAGAACGACAUCAGCAACUCCAUCAAGAACGGCAUCCUGUACCUGGAGGAUCCCAUCAACCACGAGUGGUAUCCUCACUUCUUUGUCCUGACCAGCAGUAAGAUCUAUUACUCUGAAGAGACGUCGAGUAAUCAAGGGAACGAGGAUGAGGAGGAGCACCGAGAGGUCUGUAACAGCAUGGACCAGCAUGUGACGGAGAAGUGGUUUCACGGGAAGCUGGGAGCGGGGCGUGACGGGCGUCAGAUCGCCGAGCGUCUGCUGUCGGAGUACUGUCUGGAGACCGGCGCGCCGGACGGCUCCUUCCUGGUGCGGGAGAGCGAGACCUUCGUGGGAGACUACACUCUGUCCUUCUGGCGGUCUGGACGGGUUCAGCACUGCAGGAUUCACUCUCGGCAGGAGGCCGGCAGCCCCAAGUUCUACCUGACGGAUAACCUGGUGUUCGACACGCUGUUCGCGCUCAUCACACAUUACCAGCAGGUGCCUCUGCGCUGCAACGAGUUUGAGAUGAAGCUGACCGAGCCAGUGCCACAGACCAACGCUCACGAGAGCAAAGAGUGGUAUCACGCGAGUCUGUCCCGCAGUCAGGCUGAAAACAUGCUGAUGAGAGUCCCGCGUGAUGGGGCUUUCCUCGUUAGGAAGAGAACUGAAGUCAACUCUUUCGCCAUUUCCUUCCGGGCGGAGGGCAAGAUAAAGCACUGCCGCGUGCAGCAGGAGGGACAGACGGUGGUUUUGGGCACCUCGGAGUUUGACAGUUUAGUAGAUUUAAUCAGUUACUACGAGAAACAUCCACUGUACCGUAAGAUGAAGCUGCGCUACCCCAUCAACGAGGAGACCCUGGAGAAGAUCGGCACUGCUGAGCCUGAUUAUGGGUCACUGUAUGAGGGACGUAACCCUGGAUUCUACGUGGAGGCCAAUCAGAUGCCCACGUUUAAGUGCACAGUACGAGCCAUGUAUGAAUACAAAGCCCAGCGUGAUGAUGAGCUCUCCUUCAGUAAGAACGCCAUCAUUCAGAACGUGGACAAACAGGAAGGAGGCUGGUGGAAGGGAGACUAUGGCGGCAAGAAGCAACUGUGGUUCCCUGCGAAUUAUGUAGAGGAGAUCAGCCCGACGGCCGUGGAGCCUGACAGAGCUGCCACAGAGAACAGUCCUCUGGGAGACCUCCUGAGAGGAAGUGUGGACGUGUCUUCCUGUCAGAUCAUGGUCAGGCCAGAAGGGAAGGGCAGCAGGCCGUUCGUCUUCUCUCUGGUGCCCGUGGCUUCGCCUCGCACCGGCCCGGUGCUGGACAUCGCAGCCAGUUCACAGGAGGAGCUGAAGGACUGGGUGAUGAAGAUCCGUGAGGUCACCAUGACCUCUGAAGCGAAGCUGGAGGAGGGUAAAAUGAUGGAAAGAAGAAAGAAGAUUGCUUUAGAGCUGUCAGACCUGGUCAUCUACUGCAGACCGGUUCCUUUUGAUGAAGACAAAAUCGGGACGGAGCGGGCCUGUUUCCGGGACAUGUCCUCGUUUCCCGAGACCAAAGCAGAGAAGUAUGUGAACCGCAUCAAAGGAAAGAAGUUCCUGCAGUACAACCGUCUGCAGCUCUCGCGGAUCUACCCUCGCGGCCAGCGCCUGGACUCGUCCAACUACGACCCGCUGCCCAUGUGGCUGUGUGGCAGUCAGCUGGUGGCCCUCAACUUCCAGACCGCAGAUAAGCCGAUGCAGAUGAAUCAGGCGCUCUUCAUGCUGAACGCCAGGAGCGGUUACGUGCUGCAGCCGUCCAUCAUGAGAGACGACAGCUUCGACCCGUUUGACCGGCUCUCUCUGAGAGCAGUGGAGCCCAUCACGGUCUGCAUCGAGGUUUUGGGAGCACGCCACCUGCCCAAACACGGGCGAGGUAUCGUUUGCCCUCUGAUCGAGAUCGAAGUUUGUGGAGCAGAGUAUGACAACGCCAAGCAGAGGACGGACUCUGAAGCGGACAACGGUCUGAACCCCACCUGGCCCAGGAAACCCUUCCGAUUCACCGUGUGCAAUCCUUCCUUUGCCUUCCUGCGUUUCGUGGUCUAUGAAAUAGACAUGUUCAACGACCAGAACUUUCUCGCCCAGGCAACGUUCCCCAUCAACUGCCUCAAAACGGGCUACCGGUCAGUCCCGCUCAAGAACAGCUACAGCGAGGACCUGGAGUUGGCGUCCCUGCUGGUGCACAUGGACAUCGUCAGAGGAAGGCAUGAGAACGGCGAGACGUCGGUGGGAGCCAUGGCCAUGCAGGUGGGUCGGGAGCGGAUGGGGGACACCAGCUCCGUGUCCUCCGUGUCCUCCAUGUCCCCCCUGCCCUCGUCUCCGGGCCAGGCGCUGGGAUACCGCGGGAGGGAGGGCUCGAUCGAGGCCCGAUACCAGUCCACGCUGGAGGACUUCAGAGUGUCACAGGAGACGCUGUUGGACCAAGAGAACAGGAGGCUUCGCAGGGCUCGUGUCAGCGCAGACAACCGUGUGUAAACGAGCGGCUGAGCGCACGACAGACGGACGGAGCGGACGCAAGGCCAGCGACAAGUUUCCUACAGAGCUGAUGAUGUCAGGGACCGCCGUGAAACCCGUUUCUGUGGAAG